AUGAAGGACUCGAACGUGAUUGAGGUGAAGCAAAAGGACAGCAUACUCAAUAUUUCCGUCAACGAGCAAACCCCAGAGCAAUUCAGCGUGUCCUGGGUUUAUUCCAGACCAUCUCGAGGCGCAUCCGAUGCUCUCCACAAACCAAAUCGACCUCUCUCUAGCGCCACCGCCAUACCAGCGGAGUUCUAUCAAGAAAUUGGUGCGCUAGAAGAUCUUUCACAACCAUUCAAGGAAAUAUUCAACGCGAAUAAAUUGAGGUCGGAGCGUGUGCUACACUGGCUAAUGCGAACGAUUCUGGUCAGCUUGUCUGAACUGCAAGAGCUGGGAAGGGAAGGGGUGUUUUUUAUGGAAGACGCAGUUCAUGCUGAGCCGAUCAUAGGCGGAAAUGGUGCGAAUGCGGCUAUUAGAGACGGUGUAGGACUUGCGGAGUGUAUUUCUGAAGAUGGGACGACCGGUGUUUUGAAGUGGUAUGACACGCAGUAUGGAAGAUGGAAAGAGGGGGUUGAUGAGAGUGAGAAAAUGAUUGCGAAAGUUCACUCUGAGCCUACGUACCUGCCGGAAGUGAUAUAUCCUUUCAGUGGUAUAGAGACGGAAGAGCUGCUGUUCUGGAAUAGAAAACAAUCCGUCGUCCUAACAUAA